UAGAGCCUAUGAACGCUCCGUGUACGUAGUGUGGGGGUCUGGCGGUAGUCAGCCAUUGCCGAGCACCGCAGCGGAAUCAAAUCAAUGCAACGCCGAGGAAUGAAAACUCAUUAAGGGACAUAGCCCAGUGAGGAGUACGGUUAGAAACAUGCGUAUUGGAGGGACGGAGUGAUGGCGGGCACGAGGAACAAGUGGAGGACGAUGGUGGAUUGGUUCAGUGACAUGAAGUCGUGUUUGCCAACAGAAGAACCUAAUUUAACUUUGUGGCAGUAUCCCUGCGUGGAAUCGGUACUAGGUGUUGUACAGCCUUGUGGGUUUAUGUGAGAUGUGUAUAAUUGCUGCGAUUCAUUGGCACCAUUAUUAACUGACGGUUCUGUUACCAAAUGUCAGACCAAACAUAUGUGACACAUCGCUAAGCGGUUGACCUUUUGGGCAUGCGAUGCUAAUACUCACGAACCGGAUAUGAAACUGUUAUUAAUAAUGUUACGCAACGUCAUAAACAGAGUUAUAUAUCAUGUUAUUAAAACUAGUUGAGGAAAACGGGUCUGCGUGUGAGCUCAAGUCAUCAAAACGGAUAUACCAGAGAAAUUAUUCUUUUGUGGACACACGGGUCUCAUAACAAUCUGAAUAUGGCUGUGUAUCAUCUGGUCAAGUGUCAAGUGUUGACCGAAUCACGUGUCUUUUUCUGCAUCUUCAUCUUCGGAUUAAUCAUCUCAACCUCAGAAGCUGUUAGACUUGGUGUUAUUGAUUCGUCUGUUGAUAACAACAUCUUCGACCUCGUGGACGCUCCGGAAGGGUUUCAAGUGACUCGCCUCAACAUCACCAACUACAGACACUACACCUAUAAUAACAUCAAGAAAGCUCACCAGGAAUUGUUGGACACAUCUGUGGACGCCAUCAUUGGCAACUACAACAGUGUGUACGCCACCGUGACGAAACAACUAAAGAUCAACUACUACGUGAUGUCCUUGACCCCUGAAGACCAGGAAGACACCAAAUACAUGUACCAGUUCUUCCACGACGCCAGGGUCUUCUCAAGGGCCGUGCUGGACCUCGCCGACUACUACGCCUUUGACAAGAUCGCCGUCAUUCACGACUCAUACGAAGGUGCGGUAAUUCUGGAGAGGGUUAUGCGGAAGUGGGAAGUGGAGGUUCGGUCGUUCAGGGUGACGGACCCAACAUCAGCUGAGUCGGACUUGGACCUGAGGCAGGAACUGAAGGAAAUGAGGGACUCGUACACCUUCACCUUCAUCGUCAUCUGUUCCAAGAACAAUACAGACAGGGUGCUACGUCAGGGUCUGACGCUGAGCAUGUUUUCGUCACCGAACAAAUGGCUGCUCGUUAACUUGGGGCUGGACGAGUACGACAUGGCUGACUUCGUGGACUCCAAGGCCAACCUGACCAUCCUGCGGAUGAUGAUGGACAUGAACUCCAGCGCGUGCAGCCUGGGGAUGGACAACAUCAACCUGCGGAACGCGGUACUCAACGACGGCAUCCAGUACUGUUACAGCUACUGGGAACUUUUUCAAAACAAUUCCGGCGGAGUCAGGAAAAGAAUUAAUGAGCGUCGAGUCCAUGGCUGCACUGGAUACCUAGAGUUCAAUGGACGAGGAAGACGAUCAGAGAAAUAUCUUCAAUUAAUGACUUUGCAAGCCUUUAAAACUAACCAGGACCCGCUGGAGGGACAUUUUUAUGAUUCCCACCUUUACGAAACUAAGGACGGCAGAGAGAGGAAAAUCACAUUUGAUCCACGAGGGACUGGGAUGUGGACAAAUAUCCACGACAAGCUGAAGGACAGGAUAGCUAGCUCCAAGACCUACAGCAAGAGCGUCAGAAUCGAGGGCAACGUCUUCCCUCCACGAAAACUCAGAGUAACUACUAAAAUAGAGCCGCCGUUUGUACAACGGAACCGGGACACCGGGGAGUUUGAGGGGCAUCUUAUCGACAUCUUAAAAGAAAUCAGUAAACUCCUCCAGUUCGAGUACAACGUGUCAUUGGUACCUGAUGGGAAGUUUGGCAGUAAGAAGUCGUACGGCUGGACGGGGAUGGUCAGACAACUGUUAGAAAACGAAGCUGAUGUGGCCCUUGCCCCGUUCCAGAUCACGCCGUCUAGAUCAGUAGUUGUUGAUUUCACGAAGCCAUUCAUGACGAAAGGAACUACUGUUGUAAUCAAGAAACCAGACGAGACAGGUCUGAAAGUGUUCCAGUUCCUGUCCCCCUUCACUGAUCAGGUGUGGAUUGCCAUCUUCUUUUCCUUCCUCAUCGUGAGCCUGGUGCUGUUCAGUGUGAGUCGAGUCAACUCGGACAGACAGCAGAAGUACACCUACAACCUGAGAGAAAGCUUCUGGUAUAUCUGGGGGACCUUAUUGAGGGGAAGCUUAGUUGGAGCUCCUCAUGCAAUCUCCAGUCGCAUUGUGGCCAGUGCCUGGUGGUUUUUCUGCCUUAUCCUGAUAUCCCUAUAUACCGCCAAUCUGGCAGCCUUUCUGACAAUUACCAAUUCCAAUGUCGGCAUCAACUCUGCUGCUGAUUUAGCAAACCAAGACUAUUACGAAUACGGCACCGUGGACGGUAGCCAAAUUGAGUACUUCUUUGAACAUACUAAAAUGACUGAUUAUCAGAAAAUGUGGGCACAUAUGUCUGCGCUUCGCCCACAGUCGAUUGUGAGAAGAGUUGAAGAUGGAUUUGAAAGGGUCAACUCGGGUCGGUAUGCGUUCAUUUGGGAUUCCCCUACAAUAACACAUGAGAUAUCUGGAGACUGCCAGCUGAUGCAGAUUGGUCAUCCGUUUGAUCUGAAAGGGUACGGGAUAGCAUACACAAAGAAUGCGCAAUUUGGAGAAGCUAUUACCUUGGCGAUACUUCGACUGAUUGAUGAGGGUGUUAUCUACAGUAUUGAACGAAAAUGGUGGCGACCCCAGUUCUGCCUCCCUGACGCCCGGGCUAGCGCCAAGACCAAGUCCCUGGACGUGGAGAACGUCGCUGGCAUGUUCCUGGUCCUCGCCGGUGGGGUCGGGAUCUCUGGGAUACUCUGCUUUGUGAAGUUCUGUAUUUCCAGGCCAAGAAUAAAGAAGACAAAGACAGCCACCUACCACAGCGACAUGGACAAGGAUGAGUCGACGGUCCACGACGUGUACGACAGGAACACUGAGAUACAGGUCUAUGCCAAUCACUCUGGGGCGAACGGAAGAGGCGCGGCUUAUUUUUCUUAGCACAGGCAUCUGUGUUAAGGUCCCUUGUUGAUGGGGUAACCAGCCCUGAGGUGCGUGAUCGCUGUGAAACUGGUGAUCGGUGAUUGUGAACACUCGAUUCGAGUGUGAGAAGCUAGGCAUUGACUGUCACAGCGUUUAGCAUAGAGCUGCUGAACCCAUUCAAGUACGUGACAGAGAGGACUUGACCUCUGUGAAGGUCAAGGUCAAAGAGUUGACGAUCUAUAUUGAGGUCAAGGUCAACAUGAUAAAACACAUAGCCGAGCACCCGGUUAUUGUUGGAAAAAGACAAUAAUUCAACAAUCAAAUUGAGCAUUUGCCAGUGUACAAUCCGUCUUGAAGAGGAAGCGCAUGUCAAUACCUGAGAGAAAAAUUGGAAUUUUUUUCGUCUUUUGAGGCUGAAAAAAACUGUGGACAAUCUCCUUCAUCCGAAUCGUGCACGUGAGCAUGAUUGUACGAAUGAAUGAUCUGCCAAAGUAUAGCACAAAUAUGUGACUGUUGAUUGUUAUGUAAUAUAAUGUGUAUGCUGUAUUUAUGAGCCUUUGCUACUUUAUUCCAUGUACAUACGCUGUGAUGACUGAACCAUGUUACCUUUUCUACAAAUGGUGAACCGUGUUGUGAAUGUUACUGUGUCUGAUACAAGAACGUAAAAUCAUUGCUGAAACAGUAGGGAACAUUUCCACAGUGAAACCUUGUUUACAAGGACAGUAUUGUUCCCAGUGAAAUACUCCUAAUUGCGAUAUUAAAAUGAGUUGUAUGUAUACCUAAUGUGUGUGUAUAUGUGUAUUGUGACCUGGUUGGCCCAGUCUUCACUGCAACUUGCUAUCCUGAGUUGCCUAUCAUUCGUGCACAGAAACCUACUGUCAUGGGUUCGAAUCCCAAAUUCUAGGUUUGUCAGCACCACAACCUGGCUCAGGGCUUUCCUCCCACAUACAGUUGCCACCCCGUUAUACAACUGAUAUGUUACUCAACUCAUUCACUGUAUAUAUGUACACGUUCCCAAAAUUAAUCGUCCGGAUUGAGGGGUGUCCGGAGUAACAGGGUCGUAAUAACAAGGUUUCACUGUGGCACUGUAUAGAACCAUUCUGAGACCAAAACUAAACUUCAGGGCAAAGCAAAGUUUAACCAGAAACUUGGAUUGACCCCAAGGAACGUUAACAAUACGUUACAAUAUCUAUUUCGGUGGCAUUUUAAAAGUUGACGAAUGAUAAGAAAUAAUAAGGAAGGUGUGAGACUUUAUGGGAGAGUAUUUAUUAUAUCAUAAUUUCGGUGUAGAUUCUUAUAGCGUUAUCAAGCAAGACAGUCUUGCAAGAGAGUCCAUCACUCUUGCUUGACAAUCAUAUAAGAAUGCACACCGAAACGGCGCAUCAUAAUGUCAUAAAGAAGUUGUCAUACAUAAAGUAUCAUAUAUUUUGUAACACAUUACUAGGCCGAAAAUACUUACCGAAGCACUUACCCAGCUGAAGUCCAAACACAUUAAUAUACCCGUAUCAAAUGCAUCCAUUCGAACAACCAUUUCCGGGGUCGUUUUGUUUUGUUUUGUUUUUGUUUUGUUUUGUUUUUCAUUUUUAGCCAACAUUAAACCUUUGAGGGUACAAAUACUUUGCUUGCCCUGACUUUGGUCAUUAUUCCACUGUAAUUAUACUGCUGUUCACUCCUCAUCGUCAUACUAAUGUAAUUAACAAUACCGGAAGAGCUCUGCAACUGAAUGUUUCUCCUUAAUAUUGUCAUGAAGCUGAACUGUAGUUGUACAGUUUUUGAACACUAAAAAUAUAUACUGUA